AGCAGGGUUCGGUCCGAGCCCAAUGAUACAAUACCUCGUUGGUUGGCUGACAAACGACGUCGUGGCAUCCGCGUAGCUCUGUUCAUCGCCAUAGUCUCUUUCUCGUUGGUGUAGCUAGGCUUCAACUUCAAUCGGCGGCGCUAAAGCUGAACUGAUAAUGGGUUCCCACUCAUUUUACCGAAGAUAAAGAAGAUUAAUCGAAAAAAAAAGAUUUGGGUUUUGCUUAAAAUGUCGAGGUUUCGAUCACUUUUACAAGCUUCCUUGAAUGCUACCAGGAAAGCUCUCACAUGGAAUGUUGAUGAUUUGAUGCCCCCUAGUGAAAAGUAUAUCUUCAGUUUCAAUUGUAAAGAAGAGAUCAAGAAAUGGCAUCUUUACUCAGAUUCGGAAUAUGGAGGGUUAUCUUCAGCGUCAUUGGAAGUAACUGAUGAAGGAGAUGGUUUAAAAGGAUUAUUCUCUGGAAACCUCUCUUUGGAUAUGAUGGAGGGAUCUAAUUGGAAGAUAAGUAGAAGUGGCUUUUGUGGAAUGCGUUCGAAGAAGUUUAAUGGCUUCAUUGAUUUGGAUUCAUACGACUCAAUAGCCUUAAAACUCAAAGGAGAUGGUCGGUGCUACAUAUCCACGAUCUAUACAGAAAAUUGGGUAAAUUCACCCGGACAGCAGGAAGACAAUUCUUGGCAGGCUUUUGUUUAUGUACCUGCAGGCAAUUGGUAUAUUGCUAAGAUUCCUCUAGCUCGAUAUUUACCAACAUGGAGGGGUAAUGUCAUUGACGCAAGUAUGGAAAUGAACCCAUCUCGUAUUCUCGGCAUGUCACUAUCAGUAAACGCUGAAGGUGGUGUCCCCGGUGCUAAAUCUGGGCCUGGUGACUUCAGAGUGGAAAUGGAUUGGAUUAAAGCAGUUAGAACUGAGUAAGUUGUUAGUUAGAUCACAGGACUUAAUAAUAAAAAUCAAAUCUUGUAUGAAACUUUGUAUCCAAUUUUGUCUACAUUUUAUCUUCCCAUAUGCAAAGAAGCUUAUUUCCAGUGCAGCAACAUUUCUCAUUCUUUGUUUAAAAGUCGAGUGAAGAUAAUCAACACAGCAAAUACAGGGUUUUUUCAGAGAUCUGUAA